GAGAGGUACCAACUUCUGUCCCACCCAAGAGGCAGCAUCCACCUCCACCCUGUGGAGCCAGGGAGAGGCCCUCGCUGCUUCUCUAGACAAGAAAAGGCAGUGAGAACUCUAUCAUCCCACAGAGAAGGACACGGGGCCCACCUGCAGCUCCUGGGGUCCCAGGGGGAUAGAAGGUCAAUUUUUCGCCCUUCUGGAAGAUGCCCUGGAAGGCCCUGAUGAUCCUGCUGCUGUUCUCCAGCACCCAGGCCACAAUUCCCCGCAGGUGGAGCAGGGCUCCACUGUUCCCUGCUGCCCAUCGGCCAAAGAGGUCCUUGUCACUGCCACUGAAUCCAGUCCUACAGUCCUCCCUGGAAGAGGUGGAGCUACUCUAUGAGCUCUUGCUGGCUGAAAUUGAGAUCAGCCCAGACCUGAAGAUCUCCAUCAAGGAUGAGGAGCUGGCCUCCCUGCGGAAAGCCUUGAACUUCCACUCGGUCUGCAAUGGUGUAAUCCCCAAGCGCAUCCCAGACAUCCGCAGGCUGAGUGCCAGCCUGGCCAGCCGCCCUGGGAUCCUCGGGAAAGAAGACUUUGAAAGGGUAGCACUGACCCUGGCCUACACGGCUUAUCGAGCAGCCUUCUCUGAUGGGCACCAGAAGAGCAUCUGGGCCCAGUCCCUCACCAGCCUCUUCCAGGCCCUGAGACAUGACUUGAUGCAGUCCUCAGGCCCUAGAGUGUCUUCCUAACAGACUGGUUCAUGCUAGGACCUUGAAGCAGGGGUGGGCACACACAGUUUUCCAGAACUUUUAUCCUCUACUCUACUUACAAAAGUAAGAAAGUAUGUACUACCCACACAGAAUAGCAAAGAUAAAUGAGUCAUCCCAGACUCUUCUGUCUCUUGUCUUCCAGACACACAUAUCUGACCCUUGAUAUAAUAUUACCCAAGCUAAAAGAAAGGGCUUUUCAAGACCUCUCCAGAGGCCAACUGGUCUACCUGGUAAUGAGCAGAGGUCUGAGAUACACUUACACACACACCCAAAAGUAAGAACUGAGGAUGGAGUCUGGGCCGGAAAAGACGUUGGUGGACAGAUUCCUUAGGUUCUAAGGGACCUGCGAUGAAUGAACAUUUUCUGCCAGGUUCUAUGAUAAAUACAACACAAGGCAGAGAUACAUUCAAAUAAAUAUGCCAAGAAAGAUAUAUUUGGAUUUCCCCGAGCCAGUGAAGAAGAAUCAGUAUUAUGGCGGCUCCCUGGCUUGACGCCUUUUCUGAAGUUAUUCUGAGAUGGAGGAAAUAGGAAGGACCAUGGAAGUGCCCUGUCAUUUGAACAUGGAAGCCAAGCAUAGUGCUGUCCUAAUGAAAGAGGUGACACCACGAUGUUUGUUUGUCCUAAAGUACCAUAGCAUUGUCAGUGAUUUGGCUAUUCCUGAUAAAAGUCACUUUCAGAUGACAGAUUGCUUCCUUUCAAAUGCUGAAUUUUUCACUUUCAAAAUGUUUGUU